UUCUUCCAAUGCUGGUGGCUGUUCUCACGUGAAAUUUUGGCCGAGAGUCGUCUCGCGAUGUGGCGCCAGUCGGUCAAUCGAUUCUCCUGUGCGCUCUUGCUCUUGACCUUGAUCGAUGGGCGUUUACUUGCGAUCUUGUGAUACAGGAGAAAGCGAAGAUGUGGAGGCCGCAGGAGGACCAACAGGAGGAGCGGCUGUUCCUCCGCUUUCCAUGGUGGAGCUCGCAUUUCCAUCCCCGAUAUUAUACCGGCACUCGAGCUUGGUGUGAUGGCCGCCAAAGUCAAUAGCAUGCCGGAUGUUGCUGUUCGUCCGCUAGGCUCCGGUCCUCCUCCAUACAACUCUUUCGGCGGCCCUCCUCCUCACCAUGUCACAGACCAUGAUCGAGGCAGCUCCUACAUGCUCGAAGGCGCUGUUGGUGUCUCACUCAUGCAUCACGAGCCUCCGCCAAAACCAGAUGGCUUCUACAAGACGUGGAUCUUCGGCAAAGUUUUGGAUCCCAGGAGCAAGACCAUCAUCGCCUGGAACCGGGUCUUCCUCCUCUCCAGGUUCUGGGCUCUGGCUAUCGAGCCGCUGUUUCUCUACACGGUGGCCAUCAGUCCACACCGCUACUGCUUCUACAUUGACGGCUGGUUUGGUAUCUUCGUGACGCUCUUCCGCUGCGUGAGCGACUUGAUGCAUCUCUGGCAUAUAUGGCUCCAGCUCAAGCUUGCUUAUGUCGCUCGGAAGUCCCUCGUACUUGGAAGUGGAAAGCUCGUCUGGGACGCGAGGAUGGUUGCUUUGCACUACCUUCGUCCGUCCGGCGGCUUCGUUUUCGAUCUCUUCGUGGUUUUCCCUAUCUUACAGAUAGUUAUAUGGGGAGUCGUUCCAGAGAUGAUCAGGAGAGGAGGUAAAAUGAGUGGGAUGAUGACAAGCAUUCUAGUGGCAUUCGCGAUCCAGUUCGUCUACAAAGUGUUUCACUUGAUCACUCUAGUGCCGCGGAUGCAAAGAGUUACUGGAUACGUUUUUGGGACCGCCUGGUGGGGCUUCGCUCUUAACUUGACAGCAUACUUCGUGGCGGCUCACGCCGCAGGAGCUUGUUGGUAUCUCCUUGCUUUGCAGAGGAUUUCUUCGUGCUUGUAUGACCAGUGCAAGAUGAAAGCUGGUUGCAAUGCCCGGGAUUUGGGGUCCUCGCAUGCCAUCUUAUACGGUCCACGGUUCUCUGAUCCUUCGCCGCUUACAUCUGCGAAGCUAUAUGCAGAUGUUGCUCCCACUUGUUUGGAGAACAAGGGUGAUGUUUUCAAGUACGGGAUUUUUAUAACCGCCUUGCCGCUGACUACCUCCAGGAACUUCUUAAACCGCAUUCUUUAUCCUAUCUUCUGGGGGUUGAUGACUUUGAGCUCUUUUGGCAAUGCUAUGGUUCCAAGCAAUCAAAUGCUGGAGGUCAUUUUCAGCAUUCUAGUCAUUACGUGUGGGCUCAUGCUGUUCACACUAUUGAUAGGAAACAUACAAGUUUUCUUGCACUCGAUGACGGCUAAGAAAGAGGAAAUGCGGCUGAAAAUCAGAGACCUCGAGGUUUGGAUGAAACGCAGGCAGCUGCCAUCUCGGCUGAGGCACCGUGUUCGUCAAUACGAGCGCCAGAAAUGGGCCGCUUUACGUGGAGUUGACGAGCACGCCAUGGUUCGCGAGCUACCCGAGGGCGUCCGGCGGGAUGUCAAGCGCCACCUUUGCCUGGACCUCGUACGUCAGGUCCCUCUCUUCUACCAAAUGGACGAGAUCGUGCUCGACACCAUCUGCGACCGCGUCAAGCCCCUCAUGUUCAUCAAAGGCGAGACGAUCUCGCGAACCGGAGACCCAGUGCAGCGGAUGCUAUUCAUUGUCCGGGGGAGGCUGCAAAGCAUCCACAACCUGAGCGAGAACAAGACGAGUAUCUUCACCAUGGAGCCCGGGAGCUUUUGCGGGGACGAGCUUCUGUCGUGGUGCCUCAGGAGGCCAUUCGUCGACCGGCUUCCCCCGUCCAUUGCGACGCUGAGGUGCUUGGACUCGGUGGAAGCCUUCGGAUUCGAAGCUCGCGACCUCAAGUACGUGACAGACCACUUCCGGACCGAGUUUGCGAACGAGAAGCUCAAGCGGACCGCGAGAUACUACUCGUCCGGAUGGAGGACUUGGGCCGCGGUUACCAUUCAGCUGGCUUGGAGGCGUUUCAAGGCGGCCAGGGUCUCAGUAGCGGAGCCAGCGAGAACAUCGAGAGACCGUGGUGGUGCUGGACUGGAACGGAGGCUCAGCAUCGCUGCCUCGGACUCGGACAAGCUUCGCAUGUACACUGCGAUGUUCUUGUCUCCAAAGCCGCAGGAUCAUCUCUAAAACAUUCAAGAAAAAAGGAUGGAUCGAUUGUUUUGUACAAACUUACGUAUUUAUAUUCUCAGGAAGGACAGCCGAAAACCUUGAUUCACGCUGUACGAGGCCGGGUAAAAUUCCUGGUUUGCA